CGUUGUUCUUGUUUGAUUUUGUCGCUUUCUUUGAAUGUUAUUUGAACGAAAUCAUCAUUUAGAUUGUUACGCUAUAAUUUUCACUAAAUAUAAAGCGAAAUAAAAUAACGUCAGAGAAGUCGCAGUUUAGUUAUCAGUCUACAUAAUAUAUUAAAAGCUACACAAAGUUGACAAAAGAACAAGUUCGACAUGAGCCACUUUGAAUUUGCAAUUCCCUUACAGAAGGAUGAAUUACUGGAAUCUCACGCCGGACAGUAUCAUGUUGAAGAUGUUGUUCAACCCAGAUUACUUUUAUCGAAGCUGCAAGAUGCUGCACGCGCCUAUAACUCUGAAGGAGUGGAUUAUAUUUUGGAACAUUUUGACACCUACUUUUCCAUUAUAGUACAUGGCAAUAAAUUAGAAUGGAACAUUAUAAAUAAGGGAUUUGACCACAUUGUAAGAGCUGCAAAAAACCUUUGCAAUCACUUGGAAGCCAUUUUUCAAGAUAAGGAAAUUGACACCGAUGUGAGGACCAAGAAUCUUAAUAUUGUCAAGAUGGUUUUGUAUCUGUUCACCCAAAUUAUGAAGACCAAAGAUGCCAAGUUAGCUGCAGAUAACUCAACGAAGUUAAGUUUAGGCAAAAAAGGCAAGAAGGCAACCAAUGAUGAAGAGUUUUGUGGGUGGACAGAGUCAGAUAAGCAAGCUGCGCUAGUCACACUGCAUUUGGUUCUACAGCAACCCCUUUCUAGACUAUGGGACCCACCUUUGGCAGAGGAUAAUUUUGUUUCAAUGGUUGCCGAUCCAUGUUACAAAGUAUUGGAAGAACAGAUCAUCAAAAAUAAGGCAAUCAGAGAAACAGUGUUUCAAGUUCUUGGUGUUCUAAUCAAGAAGUACAACCAUGGCACAUCUUGCCUCAUCAAAUUAGUACAGGUUUUGCAAAUGGCUGAACAUGCUGUAUCCCCUAUUUGUGCUGGUGUGGUUCAGCUGACUAACGAAUUUGGUCUUGGAACAUUUGGACCUCAAAUGGUCCGUGAGAUAGCAGAAGCUUUAGCGUCCAGUGACGAAGAGAACGCGGGCGCCGGUACCGAGCAGGCGGCCGCGCGGAACUGUGGCGCGUUCCUAUUGGAGCUUACCAAUGAGUUACCGAAGGAGAUGACCGGCGCUAUUGCUACUAUUCAGCCUUACUUGGAAAGUGAUGAGUCGUACACACUGCGCAUCAGCGUGCUGGGCAUGAUGUGCUCGGUGCUGAGCGUGCAGCUGCGCGGCGAGGGGCUGACGGCCGCGCAGCGCGCGCAGCGGGACGACUUCCUCGACGACCUCUACGACCACAUGCACGACCUCUCGGCCUACGUGCGACACAAGGUCCUACAGUUCUGGUGUCGCCUACAGCGUGAGAACUGCGUACCCGUAACUCGGCAACGCACCGUGCUAGAACGUGGCAUCGGCCGCCUCAAAGACAAGGCUGCACUCGUUAGGAAAGCUGCCAUACAACUGAUUAAGGUGUUUUUAGAAUGCAACCCAUUCUCUGCGCAACUCAAACUAGAAUUACUAGAAAAACAGCUGGAAACAGAGCAGAAGAUACUGGAGGAUCUUCAAAAGAAACAGAACCCUGGGCCGGACCCAGAACUUGUAAAGAAAUGGGAUAAAAUAGAAAAAGAUGUUAUUUCUACAAUAAAGGAUAAUAUGGAUGUUUUAACUCAAGAUGAACCCGAGCUAUCUCAAGCAUCGCUGGAUAAUUUAUAUGAUGCUAUACGUAAACAUAUGCGUGAUAAGAAUUAUCAUAAAGCUUAUUUGAUCGUGAAACAUACGGAAAGACAAUAUCCUGACGCGAAACUGCUUAGGUGUGAUAUGGAGAAAAGUGAUCAGAUAGACUACUUUGUAGCUCUACUGCGAAAUAUUUUCAUCAUACCCGAUCGCAGGCAGUCAAUAUCCAUGACGCAGCAAUGCGAGAACGAGCUAGCACUAUACAAGAAAAUGGAAGAGAAAGAGAGCAUAGUUGCCUUCCUUCAAGAGUCCGUACAUUUCUGUAGAAUGGUGUCUGAAGCUGUGCCUUUGAUAAACUCCUUGCUCAUGUCGAAGCAAGCCGGAGACGUGAGCGAAGCUAUAGACUUCUUCACCGCAGCACACCACUUUAAUAUAGAGUCGGCUAAAGUGGGCGUUGCUACUAUGUUGCUGCUUGUAUGGUCGCCUGACCAAGAUAAACGGGAAGCAGUAGAGCGAGCAUAUCGCGACAUGUACUUAGAGUGCGAAAACAAAAACGAGCGCGCGCGAGCGUUCACCAUCGCUCGGAGACUCACCUCGCUAGCGGCCAGCGUGGACCGCGGCAGUGCGCUCGCGCUCGACCAUCUCGUGCAGCAGUGGGUCGACAAGGGGGACAUCACGCCUGCUAUCAUCCAGGUUUUCUGGGAAAUGUUUCUGAAGAAAAUCGAUGGUACUACCGAUAUGGACAGCUAUGCGGCGAUAUCUAUUCUCGUCAUGAUAUCUAAAGCCCAGCCUUCUGUAGUACUGGCAAAUUUGGAGGUUAUCCAGACCCACGGUCUCACAGGCGACUAUAACUCAAGGAAUCUGAGCGCUCAGCUGCUGUUAUGUUUAGCAAAGAAAAACCAAAGAUAUCCCAUGGACCACCCCAUAUUCACAGCGAUAUUCGACAGCCUUCUAGAAACUUAUUCGAAGUUGAAUAAGUUCAUGCAAUUCGCUACGAACACUAUAGAUUUUAUUUACGCGGUGUGCGAUUCUCCUGAGAUCCUUUGUGCGAAGAUUUUGUCGGAAAUGUUCAAAAGGCUGCAAGAGUCGGUGGUAAAGGACCAGGACAGUGAAGAGGAAGCCAGCAUGCCCACGGAGUUGUUGACCCGGUUCGUUUUUGCAGUGGGACACGUCGCAUUGCAGCAAUUGAUAUAUCUGGACACAAGCGUCUACAGCGAAUUAAGAAGAAGAAACCAGGUUCGCGAAGAACGCAAAGAAGAAGAGAAGAAAAAGAAGAAAGCCAGUGCGUUCGCGACUCCAGCUAAGCGCGGACGAGUUGAUGACCUCCGCAGACAAACGCUCAUGAAUGUCAGCAACGCCAGCGCUUCUUCCAGGGGACAACGCUCUGCCAGCGUCUCCAAGGCGCCUUCGGCAAACACCACAAUGACGGAAGACGAGGCGGGCCUCGAGGGCGCAGUAGCAGACGACGCGGACGCGGAAUACGUCCGCAACGUAUGCGAGCGGGACAUCGUCGGCGUCGACACCGCUUUAGCGCGCUACAUCCCCCUCCUUCGCUGGUUGUUGGCCAAUCCCGCGCGCUGUACGACGCAAUUACAAGCGGCCGCAGCUUUAACAUUUACCAGAUUCAUGUUGGUUUCAAGUGCAGUGUGCGAAGACGGUCUUCAGCUAAUGGUGACAGUACUGAAGCGGUCUAAGAAUGUUUCCUUGAGGACCAACCUAACCAUCGCUUUCGCCGAUCUUACUCUACGGUUCCCUAAUCUCACUCAACCAUGGACACAUCACAUUUAUCACAUCCUGAACGACGAAGAGCUUGAAGUCCGGCAAUGCGCUGUAAAGAUGCUGUCAUUCCUGGUUCUCCACGAAAUGGUGCGCGUCAAAGGUCAGAUAGCGGACAUGGCGCUCUGCUGCGCCGACAAAGACUCUGGCGUCGCGAAUAUGACGCGCCUGUUCUUCAAGCAGCUUUCGCAGAAAGGCAACGCCCUGUAUAACGUGAUGCCCGACAUCAUAUCGCGCCUUAGCGACCCUGAGCUGAACGUGCCGGAGGACCAGUAUAGACUUAUUAUGAAAUACAUAACAUCACUCAUACAAAAAGACCGUCAAAUGGAGGCUCUAGUAGAAAAACUUUGUCAGCGCUUCAAGCUAUCAACUGAAGAACGCCAGUGGCGCGAUCUAGCGUACUGCCUCUCAUUGUUCUCGUAUAAUGAGAGGUCCUUGAGGAAACUCAUUGAAAACCUGGAUUGCUAUAAGGAUAAGCUGCAUUGCAGCGGCGUAAUGGAGUCUUUCACGACGCUCAUGAAUAACACGUCGAAAUUGGCGAAGAAUGAAAUUAAAACGCUAGUAACGGAGCUGGGCGAUAAGAUCGAGGAGUGUUUCGCUGUGCGCGAGGGCGAGGACGGCGCGCGGCCCGCGGCUGCGGCCGAGCCGCCGCGCGCCACGCCGCGGAAGAAACCCGCGCCCCGGCGUGCCCGGCGGCGUUCCUCGAGCCCUGAUGAGAAUGAACCACCCGCCAACGAUGGAACUCCACCUUCAGUUCGAAAAUCUAGCAGAAAACCAACGAGAUCUAGAAAAGUUGUUUCUUAUAAUUCUGAAGAAUCAGAUGACGAAGAUCAACAAAAGGAUGACGAUGUUUUCAAAAAACCUACUGCUAGGAAAACUACUCGCAGAAAGAAAUAAUGAGUUAGUUUUUGUUACAUCGAAUAUUAAUAAAUACAUUUUAUAUUUACAAUCUGUA